GCUAUUGAACUUCUUCACUGGUCAGACCAUAAGGCUGAGGAUGGCGUGUUCUUUUUCAAGAUGGCUUAUAAUUUUGGUUUUACUGUUAUUGAUUGGUUACUUCCUAGUAUUGCUCAUAACUGUACCGAGCCGCUCUCCUUUAGAAGUGUCAUCGGCUUCUGGACUUUAUUCAUCUAAAUCAUGGCCAGCUUGUGUAGGCGUGAAUGCCACAUCCAGCCAAAAUAGUAUGGUUUUGUACCCAGUCAGUAUGUCAUUCCAGAAACAGACUACCAGCUUGCAUUGGAAAACAAAAACAAACAAAGAUACCAAAGUUUUCUUCAUUCGUAUUCCUAAAACUGGAAGCCGAACAUUAGAGGAUAUAGUAGCACAUCAGCUUCGACAGAAACAAUACAAGAUCUUCAAACUCCAGCCUUCAACGGUGGACGACAAAAUACAUUUCAUCAACAAUCAGAAGGGAAACUGCUUCUUUUCUGCACAUUUUGGAUAUAUCAACUAUGAAUGGCCAAGUCCCCCAAUGGUUAUCAGCCUGGUCCGUGACCCAGUGGAAAGACUCAUGUCUUUAUAUUAUUACGGCAUGUACGGUGAUAAUGCGAACGCAGCAUCCACACUCAGACAUGUCAAAUCAAUGCGCUCUAAAAUGGCACAGGCAAUGGGUGGAAACACUACUGUACCGACCCUGAGUGAGUGUAUUUUGCAAGACCUGCCGUUCUGUACAGAACAUAGGAGACUUUUUACGACCUUAAAGUUUUUCUGCGGGAACGAUCUACGAUGCAGUAACUUGAGUGAAUGGACAUACAACCAAACCGUGAAAAACAUUGAUGCUUCACUUGCCGUGGGAUUAACGGAGGAAUUUGAGGACUACUUGCGUGUUCUAGAACAGCUUGUACCAUCUUUGUUCGAGGGGUUGGUAACAAUCUACAAAAAAACAAACUCUGUAGAAGCUGGAAAAACAUAUGCAACAAAAACGAAGCAUCACAAGGAACCAUUGACACCCCAGGCUCAGGAAAAAUUACUCCACGUACUUCAGAUGGAAUAUCGUAUUUACAACUACAUCAAAAACCGCUUUCACCAACUGAAGAAAGAACUUGGUGUAAUUUAAAGCUUGAUUCUUUACCUUUGGUAGUUGGUACCCACUGUCUGUUUAAAACCUUUCUAAGUGUAGAUACAUGUAUAUACCAUAAAAGUAACCUGAUCUUUCAUUCCAAAGCGGCUAGCAAGUAGUGUAUAGUGCGUAAUGGAACCCAUUUUCUGAAGAUAACCCUCAGUCAUGAUUCAUUAUGUCUUUGAUUGCACCGAAAGAGUGAGUUUUCUCCAAGCGUAUAGUUUAACUAUACUGGAUUGGUCAAAAUAUCACAAGGUUGUUUAUGUUUUAAGGGCUCAUAACGAAAGGAACUAUAUAUUAAACAGUAAUCACAAAUUUACAUAAUCGCUGUGCUUUAAUAGAUCUACUGGCUAUGAUAAUGAUCAGACUUGGAACUGCAAACUUAACAGUUGUCGUGAUUAAAUUAACUUAUAACUAAAGAAGGCUUAUAUACAUUUAUGAUUUGGUAUGUAUUAUGUCUAGUCUUAUGUCAUGUGUUUUUAUACACUGAUAUGAGUUUACAAUUCUUAAUCUUUUUUGUGUUUAUAUAUUUGUACUAUUUUUUUAUAACAAAGGGAUUAGAUAAACGUGUGAUUUGGAGAUAGUGGGAAAAAGUUAACAAACAUUAAUGGGAAGACAACAUAAAAUAAACAUAGCCUUCAUUUACUGAGUGCUCCUGAGGAGUAAUGAAAAACUACCCCCGCAUCCGUUGGAUCUACUUAAAACCGCACUUCCGUACGGGAGAAACAAGUACGAAACAAGAACAGUACAUUAAUUUGGGUUUUUACCCAUACAUCGAUGUGUGUUAGCACUGUAUACUCAGUACUCGGUAUACAGU